GAAAGAGGCAAGUUCCUGGUGCAAAGGUGGCUCUGCAGCAUAAUUUGGGCCUUGGAGGAGCUGCGGUUGUAACGAUCUACAAGAUGGGUUUUCCCGAAGCUGCUAGUUCUUUUAGAACUCAUCAAAUUGAGGCUAUUCCAACCAGCUCUCCAGGUGAUGGAUUUAAGGCAAAUCUUGUGUUUAAGGAGAUUGAGAAGAAGCUUGAAGAGGAAGGGGAACAGUUUGUGAAGAAAAUUGGUGGUAUUUUUGCCUUCAAGGUGAAGGAUGGCCCUGGGGGUAAAGAAGCCACCUGGGUGGUAGAUGUGAAGACCGGCAAAGGAUCAGUGCUUCCUAACUCAGAUAAGAAGGCUGACUGCACAAUCACAAUGGCGGACUCCAACAUACUGGCUUUAAUGACUGGUAAAAUGAAUCCUCAAUCGGCCUUCUUUCAAGGCAAAUUGAAAAUCACUGGAAAUAUUGGUCUGGCUAUGAAGUUACAAAAUCUUCAGCUUCAGCCAGGCAAAGCUAAGCUGUGAAGAACUCCCUUUGACUACUUUUGAAAAUCAAGAUGAAAUAUAUAGAUAUAUAUCCAUAUAUUUCAUUGUCAGAAUUUAGACUGAGAUUACACAUUGGCAAAUUGUGUGAGAUAGAUUUGUUUUUAAAUGGGUAUGACCAAUCCUGUUUUUCCUAUGCUCUGGGUGAAUAGAGCCUGAUGGUGCACUACUACUUUUCUGAAUUGCAUACAACUGUGCAUUACAAAGUUAAUAUGGUAAUUAUGGUUUGGGGUAAAACUGAGUUUCAGAAUAAAAUUAGGAACAGUAAAAUCCAAAAAAUUAUGUAAACAAAAGCUCUUGUUUUGUUUAUAAAGUAUAUUUAAGGAUUAUUCUGCUGAACGUUCAGUUUAAGAGUUUUCCUUGGAGAGAACCAGGGAAGAAGCAAUACCAAUAGCCAGUCGGUAAUUAGUGUUGUGCACUUAAUGACCUUAAACAGUCUCUCAUUAAUAGUUCUUAAAAUUCUGUACCAGGAUUAAAAAAGAAAAAGAAAAAACUUAAAAAUUUUGCAUUUCCUGCCAUCAGAAACAGUAUUUUCU